AUGGAUGUGAUUACCGGCAUCUCGUUGAAGAACCUGCACCUGCACCUAAAUAGGAUUCCGGGAACCGAGAAAGAUCGAGAAAUCCUAGGCCGGCCAGAAGCAAGACUCCCCAAACGGUACUCUGGAGUGUGGAACGGAUGCGCUGUGGGCUAUCGGUUCUUCUACAACAAUCUGAGGAACGCGACUAAGUUUUCGCUGAUAUACUUUACCGACGAGAAGCAGCACGACGUAAUGACCAACUGUAACCACAUGUCCAACAAGGGCUUCAAGAAGUACGAAUUUUCUCAAACCACCAGCGCGUGCCACGUAGUUUGGCUGUACUAUCUGCGCGAUCUCUAUCUGGAGUGCUUGAAGCUGGUGUUCCAUUGCAGAUCCGAGGGAGCUACGGUCGUAGGACUGGAGGGACGGGAGGUUGACUACGAGGUAGAAAUUCUGGAGGAGGAAGCAGAAGCAGGACCAUCAAAUGUGCAGCAGGCAAAACGAUCGUUCCAGGAUACACUGGAUUCUGCUUCGCCCGGAAGCCCUGGAAGUGAAAGUGAAUCAGCUGAGGAGGUAAUGCAAACUGUAUGGGAUUUCUGUGAAAAGUUCAUUCGCAGAGAGGCCGUGUUUGAAUCACUCGCUGGUGGAGAUGCUGAUCAAUUUACCGUGCACUGGAAUGAUGAUUUGAACCCAGAAGUCGGCAAUAUGGAUAAGUUCAUCUCCUUCCAAGAUAAAGCCUCGAAACGCACGUUUAAACCAUUACAGUUGCUAGAAAAGCCAGACAAAAUGCAGAAAUUUCUGAACAGAGAUAUUAACGUGUUUGUGCACAUUUAUUCGGAGUCGGUGACCUCAGCCGCUAUGUACGAAACACUGCGAGUGCAGCUGAUAAAACCGGAGGAGCGUGACCGAGCAGGAGCAGCAUCCAACCAGGCAAACAGUAAUUUGUCCACUGAGUUGAAGGAACUCUACAAGCUAUCCUACAUUUCAUCGGACAUCAACUGGUCUGUAUGGGCUUCGUACUUACUGACCAAAGACGCGCUUGAACGAGAGGAAUUGAAGUUGCGAGGACCUCCCCAACAUCUGAUACAUUUGUUCCAGACGGUUCCCUCAUGCUCUCAAAACGUGCUGAAUCACACUCGUCAGGAUGUAUGCAUUGCCCAAAAUGUUAAUUCAGGGUAUAAACAAUUGUUGGAUGGCCUGCAAGCAGAUUUGGACCAGCUUAUGACAUAUGCUAAGGCGAUGCAAUUGCGCUUGACCGCAUUGCAAACGAUGCAGGCAACUAACACUUCAUUGCUAGCAGAUGUGUCUGGCAGUAUUGCUGUAUCUGAAGAUAGCUUUGGGCAGAAACUCGCCGAGGAAGUGACCGACUGCUUGGAUGUCGACCAUCAAUAACGAUUUGCUGAUCCUGAUUCCGAACGAUUCCAUACGCAUU